AUGCACUUUACCAACAGCUUUGUUCUCGCCCUCGCCACCAGCGUCGGCUUGGUCUCAGCCGCUCUCCCCAAGGCCAAUGAAUACAAGUCCAACGACUGCUCGGGUGAUCUGAACUAUGGACACCACGCCUUUGACCUGCACAUGGUUACCAUGGACGACACCACCCACUCAGUCUACCAGGCCGGCACCUCAUGGUACCUCUUUGACGGCAAGACGGGAGAUGGAGGCCGCUGCGAGGGCGAGUUCCUAGGCCAGGUGUCGGGAGACACUUCUCCUUGCUUGGACCUCGACAAUACGGUGGCUGGCAAGCGCAUCAGGUGUCUGUGCAACCCCCUUAUUGGAGCCAACACAAACGGCAUCAACUCUUGCCAAUACGUGUAG